AUGCUGCUGCAAAGCUCUGCAAUCUUCUUGCCCUUCCUACUACUUGCCAAGGCUGGACAGAACGGAGGUGGCACUACUCCCAAUGUCUCGCUCACCGCAACAGCUGCCAACUGCUUCCCAUCAGAUCCUGUAAAAAAUCCUAACAGCGCAUUCAUAUGCGAAGGAGACUUUAUCAGACUCUAUUCUGUGGACGCAAAGAAUCAGCAACAGUAUCUGGCAAUCAAGAACACUCCUGAUGAUGAUCAGCGCCAUCAAAGUGUUCAAGUGAAUACUGGCUCUUCCAACGCUACGGCCUUCCAAAUAUUUCCCUUUGCUCCUCAGUCACCUCCUUACAACUGGCCCAAUCCUGACUGGCCUCCGUCCUACGUACGAGAUGCAAUGAAAACAGGCCAUACCUAUCCCUUCAAACUGCGAGAUGGAGGUGGACGAUGGCUAAAAAUCAGUCCUGGAAACUACAAGGAUAAAAAGUAUCAAACCCUGUUCGUAGAUAACAUGGACGAAGUAUACGCUGAUGUGCGCACUGGUGCUUCGAUGUUAUUAUACGUCCCAAACUCUGUCUUUACAACUCGAUCGUCAAACGCUGGUGGUGCACCCGCUGGAUGGAUUUUAGAUGCUUCUCAAGGCAUCGUACUAUUCAAUUAUUAUCAAGACCAUGUUGUUUUCGACUGGGAUGGCCCAAACCCAAAACAUUUUCCAGGAUGUGAGACUUUGAGUGCAUGGACUAUUGAGCAAACGCAGUCUCCAACUGCAUACACUGGAUUCGUAGAGCAAGUUUUAAAUAUUAAAUAUGAGUAUGUCCGUACUGAUGCGGCUUUGAAGAGCCUUGUAAUGUCCAAUGAAGCCACCCCAAAUAUUGGCAACUCUUCAAUCACGAACCCUGGAGCCACUGAACAGAAUCUCAUCUUGACUAUGUCUACGACACAAUCCAACACUUGGACGUUCAAUAGAGAUCAACGUUACAAGUUCUCUACCACGGCACAAGCAUGGGUUGGGGUGCCUUUCUUAGGAACAGGAAUGUCAGUCUCUGUAUCUGCGGAUAUGGCUCUAACAACUGGCACUGGCACCAGUCAAACCAAAUCAACGUAUUUUUCUAUCAGCGCCAUGAUACCUGUCCCAGGUCAGUCUGUUGUAUCUGGUAGUAUCUGGAUGACAAAAGCUACCAUGAAGAAGGUGCCGUUGACAUAUACUGUACAACGAACUUGGCCUGAUGGGAAGGUUAUUACUUUCAAAGUCACCGAUACUGUUGAUGUUGUUCAAUAUUAUGAUGCCGUGGUAUGCAUUUCACAGGCCCUGAGUAUUAAUUUGGGACAGACCCCAGCCUGUGUGCCACCUGCCUUUUCGAUGUGGAAUUCAAAUUCUACAGACUGA